AUGAUGAGCGUACUCCUUCUUGUUCUUUUGGCUUUGCUUGCAUGGAUAUUUGAAUUGGAAAAACAGUUGGCCACGUGUGAAUUCAAUGGCGGGGAAGUGGAAGCGGCGAAAGCUUAUUACAGAGCUCUAACAGCUUCUCUGAAACAACAUUUCAAUGGCAAUGGUGUAAUUGGAAGUGUCGAGUACUGCGACAACUUUUUCUUGUUGGUCGGAAGUGAAGCAAUAUCCCUUGCUCGUCUCGCUUAUCUAAAUGAAGCUAAAAACAUUAUAAACAUAUUACCUGUAAUUAACUUAUUGUGGAUGCAUGGCUUUGGAUUCAAAGAAGAGGAUAACUCCAACACUGAUGAGUCAAACGAGGUAUUUGGGCUGCAAGGUUAUCACAUGGUGCACUGUGCAAAUAUGAGUUUGUGGAUGGGGAGAUUCAUCCACCCAGACUGGGACAUGUUCCAAUCUACUCACCCUCGUGCUGCAUUUCAUGCAGCUUCAAGAGCCAUAUCUGGUGGCCCCAUUUACAUAAGUGACAGAGUUGGGAACCACAACUUUGAGCUGCUCAAGACCCUAGUUUUGCCUGAUGGAUCCAUCCUCAGAUGUGAGAACUAUGCUCUCCCAACCAGAGACUGUCUCUUUUCUGACCCUCUCCAUGAUGCCAAAACAAUGCUCAAAUUUAAAAUAUGGAACCUCAACAAGUAUACUGGAGUUCUUGGGAUUUUUAACUGUCAGACAGGAGGCUGGUUCGACAAAUAUGAUGUCAACAAACGUGAUGAUGAGUCGUCUCAAAGGGUAUCAACCAAGACCAAUCCAAAAGACAUUGAGUGGGACAGUGGGAAGAACCCUAUUCCCAUUGAAGGGGUGGAACUUUUCGCCUUGUAUUACAGUCAAACCAACAAACUCAUCCUCUCAACACCUUUUAACAGUGAAGAAAUUUCCUUGGAACCAUUCAACUUUGAGCUUAUAACAGUUUCCCCUGUGACUGUCUUGCCUGGUAAGUAUGUGAAGUUUGCUCCUAUUGGUUUGGUGGACAUGCUAAACACUGGUGGAGCAGUCCAGUCCUUGACUUUUCAUGAGACUCAAGGUUUGGUGGAAGUUGGAGUAAGAGGCACUGGGGAGAUGAGGGCCUAUGCCUCAGAGAAACCAAGCACUUGCAAAAUUGAUGGUAUAGAAGUUGAUUUUGAAUAUGAAGGGUUCAUGAUCAAAAUUCAAGUUCCAUGGCUAGGUUCUUCAAGAGUCUCCACUGGUGCCCUUGGAUCUCCAAUCUCCGAAGUAGUGUUUCUCAGGGCAACUGCCAUGACCGUCCACCGAUCUCGGCUCCUCCGUCCUCCUCCGGUCGUCGUCGCCGCCGCUAACUCUUGUCCUUUUGAUUAA